AUGGCUCCUACGCAUCGUAUUUCCGUUAUUCAAUGGCAUAUCAAGGAGCUUGAUAUCCAGCACAACCAUACGAAAGCAUGCUACUACAUCCGUCAGGCCGCUGCUCAAGGCGCUGAGCUAGCCGUCCUUCCAGAAUAUCACAUCAACGGAAUGGUCCCCACAGACCCCCUCUGGGCAAUUCAGGCCGGCGAAACGGCCCAGUACCUAGAAAACUACCAAAGACUGGCGAAGGAACUGCAAAUUUGCAUCGUACCGGGUACAAUGAUUGAAAAGUUUACAGCACCUGACCAGUCACCCCUGUUCUACAAUACAGCCUACUUCAUCUCGAAUGAUGGCACUAUCCUUGGCUCCUACCGCAAAAUGAACCUCUGGCAUCCGGAACGGCCCUACCUCACCUCAGGGUCAGAGCGCCAUGUGGCAAUUGACACUCCAAUCGGCCGUGUGGGGAUGUUGAUCUGCUGGGAUUUAGCAUUCCCCGAGCCAUUCCGGGAAUUGAUCCUUGACGGGGCGCAGAUUGUGAUUGUGCCUACAUACUGGACCCCCCACGAUGCCUCGCUCGAGGCCCGCGCGUAUAAACCGGAUUGUGAAAGUCUGUUCGUCCAAUCGACCAUUAUAUCACGCUGCUUCGAGAACACGUGUGGGGUUGUCUUUGCGAACGCAGCCGGGCCAUCGGAGGAUUUCUUGGGCUUGUCGCAGAUUACACUUCCUCUUGUGGGGCCGGUAGCUAAGAUGGGGACCGAGGAGGGGUUCAUCGUCGCCGAUUUGGAUACGGCGAUUAUUGACGCCGCGGAGAGGAAUUACAAGGUGCGACAGGACAUGAACAAGGAGGAAUGGCAUUAUUCUUAUAAACAUGCCGGGACUCUACCCAUGAUGCUCAUGCCUGAGACCUCGGGAACCCCAGGAGGCCGCAUGAAGAGCGGAUACGCUAUUCCGAACAUUGUCUAG